UUUAUGGACGCACAAGUCGUUCGCGCCGCCGCUCGGCAUGUCUGCGCGCACGCACGAUCAGCUGCUGCACUUUGAUUAGCAGCAGCCGCGCGCGGACUAGCAAGGAGCGCGUGCAAAGUGAACCGAGAGGGGCACACAUACACACACACACAGAGGAAGAGGAAGAAGAAGAAGCAGAGUAGGGCAGCGCGACCGCACCACCAGCACCACCAUGGCCUCAAAGGAGACCACCGCGGCGGGCUUCAUCAAUGUCACCCGGGAAAUCACAGAGAGCAUCCGGAAGGUUCUUGACAAGCAGCCCAUCAAGUUUGUGCGAGCCAUCAAACAGGACACCAAGAGCAGCCGAUCCGAAGACCGCAUCCUGGUGCUGGCCACAUGGAGGCUGUAUCUCUUCGCUGUCAAAGUUCCCACCAAGGUGGAGGUCACGUUCAAUUUCCUGGAGAUCCGAGCAAUGAACACAUUUCCAGAGUUCCAGGUGGUGAUCGACACGGACAAGACCACCUACUCUCUAAGGCUCCAGAGCCAGGAGCAGGUGGACCAUGUGGUCGGCCACAUCAACUACGCGCUCUCCCGCGUCUUCAACAACUCCAUCUACGCGCCUCCUAUAUGUCGAGCAGAGGGGGAGGUGGCAGACGGCGUUCACAAGUUUUCGCCUACUUCUGAUUCAUCGCUAGAAGCCCAAAAAACCUGUGGGGGUUUCUCUGAGACCUACGCGGCGCUGUGUGACUACAACGGGAUCGGCUGCAAGGAGGAGGUGCAGUGGGAUGUCGACACAAUCUACCACUCUCAGGAUAACCGAGAGUUCAACCUGUUGGAUUUCAGCCACCUCGACAGCCGGGACUUGGCGGUGAUUGUGGCGUCCAUGGCGUACAACACGUGGUUCACCAAACUCCACUGCAAGGACAUGCGCCUGGGCUCGGAGGUGGUGGACCAGGUGCUCCACACCGUCAGCAAGUCCAACAGCCUGGAGGAGCUGACGCUGGAGAACGCCGGCCUCAAGUCGGACUUCCCCCAGAAGAUGGCCUCCGCACUGUCGGAAAACCCGUCGUCCGUGAUCCACUCCCUCAACCUGUCACAUAACACACUGGACAACCAAGGUGUGUCCAACCUCAUCCUGCAGGUGUGUCGUCUCAACAAGGGUCUGCGCCUCCUCAACCUCUCCAAGACCUCGCUCAGCUCCAAGGGUGUGGUGUCUCUGUCCCAGGCGCUGUGCUCGAGUGAUGACUACUCCAACUCCCUGAUCCACCUGGACCUCAGCCGGAACCCUGGGGUGCUCUCUGGAGACGACGCCACUAACCUGUACCUUUUCCUGGCCCAGCCCAACUGCCUGGUCCAUCUCGACCUCUCCGGGACCGACUGCACUGUGGACUUGUUGUUCGGGGCUCUCCUGCGGGGCUGCUGUGCGGACCUCUCCUACCUGAACCUGUCCAAAAACACCUUCUCCCACAGGAGAGCCAGGGAUUCCCUGCCCACCUUCCGCCAGUUCUUCAGCUCCGCCUUCAGCCUGACCCACGUCAGCCUGGCCUCCAUGAAGGUGCCCCCAGACUCCCUAAGAGCUCUGUUCCUGGGUCUAUCCAACAACCCUCACAUCACAGAUCUCCACCUGGACAUCAGCGGCUGUGAGCUGAGGUCAGCUGGUGCCGGCGUGCUCCAGGAACUGUUUCCUCGUGUUGCCUGCGUUGGAACCCUUGACAUUUCCGAUAACGGGCUGGAUGGGGACAUGCUGGUGGUCCUCCCGUCCUUCUCCAGACACCCCUCGCUCAAGCACCUGCUGCUGGGGAAGAACUUCAACGUGAAGGGCCGGUUGCUGGACGAGAUUCUGCAGAAACUAGUUCACCUGGUGCAGGAAGAGGACUGUGCCCUGCAGUCCCUGUCCCUGGCCGACUCCAGGCUCCGUCAGCGGGGCACGGUGCUGGUGAACGCCCUGGGCUCCAAUGCCGGGCUGCGGAAGGUCGAUCUCAGUGGGAACUGUCUGGAAGACUCUGGGGCCAAGAUGCUGAGCAAGGCCCUGCAGAUCAACACGACUCUGAGGAGUGUGACAUGGGAUCGCAACAACACCACGGUGCUGGGACUUCAGGAUGUAGCCAGAGCCCUGGAACAUAACUUCACCAUCCACUACAUGCCCCUCCCCCUCAGUGACGUGGCGCAGGCGUACCGCAGCGCUCCAGAGAAGAUGGAACAAGCCAUCACCAAGAUUCAACGCGCCCUCUUGAGGAACAACCAGACGCAGAGGUUUUCCCAGAAGCAAGCCCUCAGGCUGAACCAAGGCCUGGUUACCAGCACCGCCGAACAGGUGAUGGAGCGGCUGUGUGUGCGUGUGCAGCAGCAGGUGUCUGUCCUGAGAGGAUCAGAGGAUCAGGAAGAGGUGCAGGCAGCCAAGCAGAUCCUUAAGGAGGCCAAGAACUCCAGGGCGCUGUACCCGUCUCUGUGUGAGCUGGCUCAUGUCCUGUCUGUAGACGGGCCGGUGAGACAGAGACUGGAGACUCUGGCCGGGGAGCUGACCAAGGCGGCGGACAAGGAGCUGCAGGUGAUCGUGGACUCCAUGGUGUCCCUGUGUCGCGAGCUGUGUCCCAUGUCCUCCCUGGCGGCGGAGAGACUCAACCCCCCGCUGUCCUCCGUCUCGGAGCAGGUGUCCAUCCCCCGAGGCACAGUGCGCUGCGCCCUGAUGGACCGGGCCGCCGAGGACAUCAACAAGGCUCUGGAAGAGGUGAAGCUGUCGGUGGUGUCCUACCUGACCAACUCCAUCGUGGACCAGAUCCUCCAGGAGCUGUACACCACCCACAAGACCCUGCUGCGGCAGGUGUCCCAGGCCAAGCGAUGGGAUGAGGGGGGGCCCAACCGGCGCACGCUACGGCAGUCCCGGAUGACGGACGUGAUGGAGUUCCCCGAGGAGGACCUGGGGAUGAACCUGGGGAUCGACACCAUGGCUAUCAACAAGAGAAGCGCCCGGACUAGAAGGAUCCGCCCCGUCUCCAGCCGGCCGAGUCUCGGUGAGGACGCCAGUGGCUCCCCCACCCCCUCUGCCUCCCCCCAACCGCCACCGCCUCCGCCUCCACCAUCGCAGCUCUCCCGCUCAGCAUCCUGGGACGGCCUGUCCACCCUCCCCACUAAUGGCUCGCCGCUACAUCAUGUGACCCACGUCAGGCCACGCCCCCCACGGCGGCACAGGGCGGGGUACCCGCAGCCAGAGACUCAUGGCUCCGAAAACGGGGCGAUCAAUGUUCUGGAAGAUGGAUUGCCUGACUUCUACACCAAGCGUGUUCUCCCUGACAGCCAGCUCUCGUCUCUCCAUAACAACCCGUCCAUGCGUAGGAAGAAGAGGCGCAGCGUGCUCUCCAUCUUCUCUGGCUUCCGCAAGAACCGCAACUCCAUGACAUCCAAUCCGGACACAGAUCUCCCGGAGAACGUCUACUCUAUGAUCCAGCACCCAAAGGACCCCGGACAGACGGAGACCCCCAUACGGGGCUUCCACACGGCCUCCCCGCCCAUGCCGGUGAUGGGAAUUCUCUCUCUCUAUCUCCCCCCCCCCCCCCCCCCCUGUACUGCUACCUCUCUCGCCCGCCAGUCCACAGACCUGGUCAGCAUGGUGUACAGCUGCAUCGGGGCCGACAUCGACGACUCGGACACCUGCAGCUCCAGCGGGGAUUUCACGCCCUCGGGGGGAGCUAACGGCCACGCCCUCGGCCACGCCCCCCUGCCCACCCACAGGCACCUGGAGUCGGACCGGAUGGAGCGGGACGGGCCCCUGGCAGAGGGGGAGGAUGUGAGGGAGAAGCUGGGUGGAGGUGGAGGAGCCCCAGGGACACACAGACCAGAUCCCCCGUCUCAGAUCAGCAAGCCCAGCAUGGCCGUCAUGAGACAGCGACACCUGCAGGGCAGUUCAGAGGAGGCGGCGAGGCCGGAGGGGGAGUGGGACGAGGAGCAGGCGGACCCCCCCCAGAGGGAGGACAGGGUCUGGACGCGGGGAGCAGAGCGCCCCCCUCUGCCCACCAAGCCCAGUUUUGACCAAUCGGCAGACGAGGCUGUCUCAGAGAAGACUUCCCCUGUCAGCCCCCACGCCGAAGUGCCGACCAAUGAGAAGAAAAGCAUCAGUUUUGUUCUGCCCCCCUCAGCCAAGGAUCCCUCCUCUGAUUGGUGUACGACUCCGGUCAUUCAAGAGGAGGCGGCUGAGGAUAGGACGAGCCCGCCCUGCUCAGAUGAAGAAGAAGGAACUAACAGUUUUCCAGGCCCACAGCCACACAUCAACAGGAAGGCCCACUCCUGUGAUAUGGGCAUGGAGCGGGGCAGCCCCCCUGGGGUCCUGGAGCGGUCCUCGGACCCCCGGUUCCCCAUGAGGAAGGCGUCCUUCCCCCAAUACAGAAGCCCGUCCCUGGACUACCCCGUCAGCACCCGCUGUCAUGAAAGUCCACCGCACGACCAAAGGGACGGCUUAUGACAUCACCAGCGGUCGAGAGGACCGGAAGGAGACCAGGGUGGCAUAGAGUGAGGAUCAAAAAAAGCUAAAACUGUGCGUACCCGACGGUGAAGCACCGACGAGGGGUUUCUGGGCGAUGUUGGGUUCUUUUUCAUACACUGCAGACAUUUUCUCAUCGAAGGUGCAUGUGUGCUCUUAUGUUUAGUUUUGUAUUUGUUCUUAUUAUUACGAUGAUUAUUAAUUGCACUGGCUGUGUGUCUUUCUCCAGAAGCGGAAACACACGCACAUAACCCGCGCGCGCCAAUAAGUAUGGCUCUUGUUUCAUUUUUACUAAGGCGGGAGGACAUGGCGGUCCUUCUUAUGUUCAGCAGACAAUCUGUGACCGGCUCGCCCUCCGGAGCACCUUUGUAUUUAUUUCAACUUUGGACAUGUAAAUAUGGACUAGAAAUCAAAUUAACCGAAUUAGCCGUUGUGGAAACUGAACGGAUGAAGUAACGUUUUUAUUUGUAGUUCUGAUUCAUUUAGUUAAGUGUCUGUUUCGUGUGCUUUUUGGUGUCUGUGCUGGCAGAGAAAUGCUACAAUCCCCAGUGCGUGUCGCCCCUGAAAUAAUGACUAUUUUAAUCUGAUUUUACAGGCCUGAAAAUGAGUAUAUUUUCUAAAAAAAAAUGCCUCUAUGAAUGAUAAUAAAUAAAAUUUGAUUUUACCAAAGAAA